AAAUAGAAAACAUUUGAAAUGAGCUUUUUCUUUUUCUUUUCACUUUCUCUUCUUCUUCGAUCCCAUCAGAGCCCUUAUUCUGAAUCAAAUUGAGGUUUUUUUUUUCUUCCCCAACAUUUUUAAAAUUCCAAAUUUUGGUCCCUCAAUUACUCGAAUUUUUAUCCAUUUACCCCGAAAUUGAGAAUUGAAUUUGUUAUUAUUACUCACAAUUAUUUCUUGUAUAUGAAAUGAAAUGUAGAUUUGAUUGACCUGUUUUGUUAUAAGAGAAUCUGGAGUUUAAUUUUUUUAAAUUAGGGUUUUGGGGCGAGGAUUUAAGAGGAAAGUUUUGAUUUUAUGCGAAUUUGAAUGGCGUCAGCUCAGGUGCUAAAAAAGCAAGAGCAUUUGCAAGCUGGGAAAAAGAAGCUAGAGGAGUUUCGCAAGAAGAGAGCAGUAGAGAAGGCUAAAAAGGCGACUCCAAAUAGUCAACAGCUUGCUUCUGAUGGAGGUGUAGAGAAUCAAUCUUCGGUAAAUGAGCACUCUAGAAUUAAGGACUCCAGUGGAGCUGGUACAUCUGAUGCUGUUGGCGGAUCUGUUCUAGAACCUUCUGAAGUACAUGCUAAGCAUGAUUUUGCGAAGCCUGAUAUUACCCAGAAGUCUGAUUCAAUUUUUUGCCAAGAUGCUAAUGCUGGUGCUACGGCUAGUUUGUACAAGUACAACGAUGAUGCUGUUCUAACUUCUGCUGUUCGUGCCAACAGUUAUGAUUUUGGUUCUUCCAAUUCAGCGUUAUCUCAUUUAGAAGAUAAAGGGUCUAAAAGUGAUGAGAAUCUUAAGGUAUCUGAAAGAGUUAGUGAUACUUAUGACUCCACUGAGAAGAGGGAGAAUGAUGGGGCCUUAGAAGGUCUUCCAUUCGGAUUUGCAACUAGUCACUCUACAGCCAUUUUUCCGUCAUUGCCCCCCAAUAAUGACAGAAUUUCAAGUCAGUUCACCUAUGAUGAUCUGGGUAAAAGCAUAUCGGAGGAGAAUCAUGCAAAGGAUCAUUCUGUAACUAAUGAUGGUACUUCUCAUGCUUUUCCUGCAAAUGUCUCACCUUCAAAUUCAUUUGGUUCACCUUCAAAUUCAUUUGGUUCUCACCAAGACAAGCCAAGUUAUACAGAUCGCUGGACUAGUGGCAUGAGUUCCUCUUCAUAUGGUGAUUACAUGCCUCGUGCUACCAGUGUCACAAAAUUUUAUCCUGAAGUUGGGCGAAAUGAUGUUGCUGUGGGAUCUAGUAAUUUUGUGCUGCCUGAUAAAGGAUACAGCCAGUUAAGUGGCUCCGGUAUUGACUCGACUAAAACUUCUCCUUGGGCGUCGGACUCCAAGUAUGAUGGUUUUAGUUUUGAUGCUAGAAGUUCUUCUAGUUACUCACAGAUGUCUCUGCUCACAACUGGGGCAACUGGGAGGAGAUCUCCAUCUUUCCUUGAUUCCAUCAACAUUUCAAAAGUUUCUGCUGCAUCCCCUCCCUCAAUAGGAUCAUUCACUACAGACACAUGUAACUCUGUUCACCCUAAGGACAGUCUGGGUUCAUCAAAUUCUGAGAACUUGACAAAUCCUUCAAAAAUUACUGGUAAUGGGGUGGAUCCAUACAAGCAUGCUGUUGAGAAAGAUGUGGGAAACAUGGACAAUAGACAUCCAUUUUACUCACAAAAGCAAAAUGAAGAUUUUGCUGCUUUAGAACAGCAUAUUGAAGAUUUAACACAAGAGAAGUUCUCCUUACAACGUGCUCUUGAGGCUUCACGAGCUCUAGCAGAGUCUCUAGCUGCUGAAAAUUCAACUCUGACAGAUAGUUAUAACCAACAGGGAAGUUUUGUUGCCCAACUAAAGGCUGAGAUGGAGAAGUUGCAGGAGGAGAUUAAAGUUCAUCUGGGUGAACUUGAAGCCGUGAAAAUGGAAUAUACAAAUGUACAAUUGGAAUGUAAUGCUGCUGAUGAACGCGCCAAGUUGUUGGCGUCCGAAGUGAUUGGCUUGGAAGAGAAGGCACUUCGUCUAAGAUCUAAUGAGCUUAAACUGGAGAAAGAGUUGGAGAAGUCACUAGCUGAAAUGUCUUCUUUCAAGAAGAAAAUUUCUAGCCUUGAAAAAGAUCGUCAAGAUCUGCAAUCAACAAUUGAUGCUUUAAAAGAAGGUAAGAUAUGGCUAUAUCUGCUUGUGCGUACAGAAAAAGCAGUUUGCUUUUUUUAUUGGAAUUCAGUGUGCAUCUGCAGGGACACAUAUGCUGUGUCAUUUUGACAAGUUUCACUGCCUUAAAUUUUCUUAAAUAUACAUCCCAGGAUCGAUAAAUACAUCCAACUAUCACAAAUAAAAUCAUUAAUCACACUCUGUUCAACACGAUUAAAAAAAGAUUACACUCAGUUCAAUAAGUACAUAAUAAGCC